GAGCGCAACUGGUUCCUUUAAGGAGGAGAGGCAGCGUGCUAUCAGACGUGCAUCGCAGCUCCAGCGGAACUGAAGACACGGAGGAGUUCAUGGGCUGCAAACUCCUCAUUUGUCACAUUAUUGCACUGUGUGGUACGACGACGCACCGAUCCUGGAUGGGGACGUGUAUGCCGGAGGGCGCCGCAUCUUCUUCAUACACAUUUCUAUGACGCAUUUUAGCAUCUUUAGCGCAUUUUGCUAACACUUACGAGGAAUGUUAACUCAAGGCUUUUCAGGCCUACAACAUACUCUUCUAAAUCUAAAAAGACCUCAGUGCUGGUGGAUAACCCCCUCUGAAGCAUACCUAGUGAAUCUGACCUGAUGGUGGAUACCACAGCUUCCAUCCAGACAGCAAACCAAAGCAGAGCACUUCCAUUGCUUAUGGUUUAAUUACAUCCAUAACAUUUGAGCAUUUACAUUCCCAUCUUUGGAAGGAUACAUACAGUUCUGAGCUUCUUAGAGAUUUUUUGAAAAGUAACCUGUAGAAAUGGGUCCUAAAAUGGAAGCCGCAGACAUAUCUGUGGUAGCACUGUAUUUUGUCCUGGUACUAGUCAUCGGGUUUUUGGCCAUGUGGAAAGCCAAUCGCAGCACUGUGAGUGGCUACUUCCUGGCUGGACGCUCCAUGAAUUGGAUAGUCGUAGGUGCAUCACUCUUCGUCAGUAACAUUGGCAGUGAACAUUUCAUAGGCCUGGCUGGAUCAGGAGCAGCAAGCGGCUUUGCUGUUGGCGCAUGGGAAUUUAAUGCACUUCUGCUUCUGCAGUUGCUUGGUUGGGUGUUUAUCCCCGUGUAUAUCCACUCAGGAAUCUACACCAUGCCUGAGUACCUGUCGAAACGCUAUGGUGGCAACAGGCUAAAGGUUUACUUUGCUUUCUUGUCUGUGAUGCUUUACAUUUUUACCAAGCUGUCUGUGGACUUGUAUGCUGGAGCUCUUUUUAUUCAGGAGUCCCUGGGUUGGAACCUUUAUGUGUCAAUUGUUCUGCUCAUCAGUAUGACUGCAGUGCUCACUGUCACUGGUGGACUGGUGGCAGUACUGUACACUGAUGCCCUUCAGGCGGUGUUGAUGAUCUGUGGCGCUCUAACCUUAACCAUUAUUAGCCUAAUCAAAGUUGGUGGACUAGAGGGUGUCAGAACUAAAUACAUGCAGGCAGUUCCCAAUGUUUCUGCUAUAAUAGCUACUGGAAAUUUUACCUAUUCGCCUUCCUGUCGCAUUGAGCCUAAACCAAACUCACUACGUAUCCUUCGAGGUCCUCUGGAUGAAGACAUACCUUGGCCAGGCUUCAUUCUUGGCCAGACCCCUGCGUCUAUUUGGUACUGGUGUGCUGAUCAGGUCAUUGUUCAGAGAGUACUAGCGGCAAAGAACAUUGCUCAUGCUAAGGGCUCAACACUCAUGGCUGGAUUUCUCAAGAUCCUGCCCAUGUUUGUCAUAGUCAUUCCAGGAAUGAUCUCUCGCAUCAUGUUUGCAGAUGAGAUUGCCUGCAUUGGACCAGAGCACUGUAUGGCUGUGUGUGGUUCUCAGGCUGGCUGCUCAAACAUCGCCUACCCGCGCCUGGUCAUGGCAGUGAUGCCUGUAGGUCUCAGGGGUCUGAUGAUGGCAGUCAUGAUUGCUGCCCUGAUGAGUGACCUUGACUCGAUUUUUAACAGCGCAAGCACCAUCUUCACCCUGGACAUCUAUCAAACUGUUCGGAAGGAGGCGUCCCAGCAUGAGCUGAUCAUUGUGGGCCGCCUGUUUGUUGUGUUCAUGGUGGCAAUCAGCAUUGCCUGGGUCCCUGUUAUUAUUGAAAUGCAAGGUGGACAGACAUACCUCUACAUCCAGGAAGUUGCUGGUUACCUCACUCCACCAAUUGCUGUCCUCUUCCUGUUAGGUGUGUUUUGGAACCGGUGCAAUGAGAAAGGUGCAUUCUGGGGAGGCAUGACAGGUUUUGCACUAGGUACCAUACGGCUGAUCUUAGCUUUCAUUUAUCGCCAGCCUCGCUGUGACCAGCCCGAUGAUAGGCCUGCAUUCAUUGUUCAUGUUCAUUACAUGUAUUUUGCUGCCGGGCUGUUCUGGAUUUCAGGGCUGGUGGCAGUCGUGGUCAGCCUCUGCACCUCUCCACCAGAUAAGGAGCAAAUACGCACUACCACUUUCUGGGGGCUCCGCAACAUUGAAAUGGUUCCCAAAAAGGACAAAGAGAAAAUUUACGGGCUUACUGACAAGAGUCAUUGUAAUGGCAAUGGAGGCCUCCAAAAGGAAAUGCCCCCAGAUGUCAGGAAGGAGAAUUGUUUGGAUGGGGCAGAUGUCAAACUCCUGGUACUGUCCACUGACCAUGACCCAGCAACGCCGAGUACAGACACAUCCCCUGCUACCACCCCUGCAGAACGGUUUGGAAAUGAGAUGAUCCGAGCAGAGGAAGGCUGCCAUGUGAAUGGGGAGAGAAGCAGGUGCAUGUGUUUACUGGACUGGUUUUGUGGAUACAAAGAAGGAACAAAGAGUGCUCAGAAAAGUGUGGCACAGGAGGAUGCAAGAGUCAUCUCAGAAUUACUGUAUGAGCCACCUAGAGUUAAACUUCUCCUCAACUUGGGCUUGUUAUGUGUCUGCUCUGUGGGUAUCUUCAUGUUUGUUUAUUUCUCACUGUAGUUGAACUCUGCACUGAACUAAUGGGGACUGAUGUGGAGGCUUUUUUGAAGGUGGAGGUUAUAUGGGGGGUUUGAAUGUUACAAAUGGUUGACUUUUCACAGAUAUCUCUAAUUGUUUUUUUGUAGCUCUAACAGGGAUCUAAGCUUAUUAUAAUCAUUUCUUUGAAAUGAUUAAAACUUCUCCACAUGAAAAACUGUACUCUUUUAUGACUGAAGCUCAUUUGGCACUGGCGUGUCCAUUUUGUACAGCAUUUGUUGUUAAUCCUGCAUUCAGAAUAUCUGGGAUUUUUGGAAUAUUAGUACUUUUAAGUGAAUUUAAUAUUUGCCUUAUUUGAUGUAUGCACUUGUCCCUCUCUGCUCUUAUUGACAGUGACCUUAGAAGCUUAGUUGCUGCUGUAGCAUAGAUGCUAUGUCUGUAGUAACACAAACCUAUGUUGCGGUAUAAACCAUGACAGUUUUGUACAAGUUUCUGCUGCUGAAUACUAUGAUUAUUACUACACUUUUAACAGAACAUCGAGUAUGUGAUUAUUGUUUAAUAAUACUGUGCCCUAGACAUGUCAUGAGGUUGUUGGCAAACAGCCUAAUACUGUCCUCAUGUGUGAUAUCAAAGCCUGUAUUUUUUUUAUGGGGGGAACAAAACUAUGUUUAAGGAACAACAAGUAAUUUUAAGUGUUAAGAAAUAUUGUUUCUCUGGUGUAUCAUGGCAAAUUUAAGGUGGACAUUAUACACUAAUUACUGCUUUGGUUUAGCUUAGUGAAGGUAUUUACAAUUGGUUUAUUUUGUCAAGCUUACAGUUAUACAGUAUGGUUUGCAGUGCAGAAAAUGGAGUUAAGCAAAAAUGAGAAAUGAUCCCUUUUGAAAUAUUUUUUUUUCUCCAAGACUAAGUAAGAGGGGGGAAAAAAGGUACUUUUUCACUUUGACUGGCUGUUCAGUGUGUUGUCAGUGAUGACCAAAUUCCAGCUCCAUCCAGAGCUGUACUGCUAUUAUUUGAUUGUUUAUGUAUUGCGUUUUCUACUUGUGUGUGUGUGUGUGUGUGUGUGUGUGUGUGUAUUUUCUUUGUUAGAUUUCAAAAGCAACAUACUGCUUUUUUAUGUAUUAAUAUUGUAUCAUACCAAAAAACUCCACUGCUCACGAUUCUGUCAGUCAUAUCUUAUUCAUAUCUUGUUUUCACAUCUUUAAAAUGUGUGUCUCUUGCAUUGUGUUAACAUUGUGUGGAAUAGAAUUCAGGGCUCCUUGGAUCACCUACUUUAUCCAUUUCCUUUAAGCUAUCUCUUGCGUAUCUACUGUGUGUCAUUGUACCUUUUUGUGAACUGUCGUGCUGAAAUGUCACCUUGUAUCUUUCAUAAACCUCCUACCAAAUGUGUCUUAGUGUGCAAUGUUGAUGUGAUAAAAGGAAAAAACACAAAAAAGAGUUUAGUUUUAUUUCUUGAAAAUUUUGUGCAGUGAAGACCACAUUGGUUAAAAAUGUGAUAAAUAAACUUUGCCAUGUGAAACAUCAGCAGAGAAUGAUGAUGCAAAGCAGAAUUGACUUUUCAGACAUCUGCAGCUGGACUACUAAAACACUGGAUGAGCUUACUCAUCACAUUAUCAAAGACCAUUCAGCAAGGUGAAUAACAUUUCUGCUCUUCUAGAUUAUGGACUUUUUUUCUCCACAGUGUAAGGAGUCAAAAGGUCAGCAUCCUAAUAUGAUAGACCAGUCCUUUUCAGUGUCAAGCAUAAAUUUAGCAUAACAUGCUGUAAGAGAUACAGAUAAAGUGAUGGUUGUUUUUUUUUGGGGCGGGGGGGAAGAGCUUUAAAACCUUAUCUUUCUUUCUGAAAGAAUAUACAUUGUUAUUUUUAUGGAUUUUAUUUUUGGAGACAAAAUAAAGUUUCUGUGAAGGUAAAAGGAAAAA